AAUAAACCACUAACAUGGAGCCAUCUUUAACUUUUAAACUCCUCAGGGUUGGAUUUCACCUUCUGUGUUACCAGAGAGGGAGACACAACACCCCGACACCAUGAAGCUUUACAUGCGUAACAAGUUGCAUUAAAAUCAGACAGCGAGCUAACUUCAGAGCUUCUUCCUGAUAAAGCAAAACCACAACAAAUCUGCUACGGGUCCUCAGGAGGGACACAAAUGCUACGGGAAGUAAAGAGGGACAAUCCGCGCUUCGCCAUCUGAAUAUGACAGCAGUGCUUUAAUAGUGGAGUUAGCUCAUCAUGCUACCAUAGCAUGCUACCCAGCGGCCGGCAGUGACUAGCUUGUUGUAUAGCUAGCUAGUGCACCGAGGUCACCUGGACUUUGAUCACUAUGGGGCUGAAAGACCGUCCUCAGUGUUACUUUGAUGUGGAGCUCAACCGGGAGCCAGUUGGGCGCAUAGUCUUCCAACUGUUUUCAGAUAUUUGUCAGAAGACAAGCAAGAACUUUCUUUCUUUGUGUACUGGUGAAAAGGGAACCGGCAAAAUGACUGGGAAAAAGCUGUGCUACAAAGGCUCCACAUUUCACCGAGUCGUAAAGAACUUUAUGAUCCAGGGAGGCGAUUUCACCGAAGGAAAUGGACGGGGAGGAGAGUCCAUAUAUGGGGGCUACUUUGAAGACGAGAACUUCACUCUCAAACACGACAGAGCCUUCCUGUUGUCCAUGGCCAACCGAGGGAAGGACACCAACGGUUCACAGUUUUUUAUCACGACUAAGACGGCGCCUCAUCUUGACGGAGUCCACGUUAUCUUCGGGGUCGUCAUCUCUGGCUUUGAAGUGAUAAAGAAGAUCGAGGGGCUGAAGACUGAUUCAGCCAGCAGACCCUAUGCUGAUGUGAGAGUGGUGGACUGUGGACAGCUUUUCACAAAGUCUGCAAAUGAUGUACUCGAAGGCAAGAGGAAACGGACAUCCUAUUCUGCUGAGUCGUCCCAGAAUUCCCAUGACUCGUCCUCUCGGUUCACAACUUCAGGGGCGUCUGAGAGUGAAUCAGAGGAAAAGCACAAACAGAAGCAAAAGAAACACUUCAGAAAGAGAUCCAAAAAGAAAAGGAGGGAAUCAAAGAGGAGCACUGAUGAUGUGCAGUCCAAGCAGAGCUCUCGCAGCCCUGCGGACAGACGGACUCUGGAUGGAGAGAAUGCAGUGGAGGGAGAGAAAGAGCAGAGCGGAAAGAGAGAGAAGCUUGUCGUCAGGCCUGAGGAAAUCCCACCCGUGCCAGAGAACCGCUUCCUGCUGCGGAGGGACACGCCACUUCAGGAGGAUAAAACACAGACAGUUGAGAAAGACGAAACUUCUGUUACAACCGAGCAGAAACCAGCCGUCUCCAAGUCAGGACGGAAGAUCAAAGGCAGAGGGACGAUGAGAUAUCACACACCAACGCGGUCCAAAUCCCGCUCUGCGUCUGUGGAGGAGCAGGGCAGCAGUGAAACGCCACCACACUGGAAAGAAGAGAUGAAGAGGACCAAAGCUUAUCAGCCGCCAAGCAUCGAGAGGUGGAGCAAAGGAGACAAGUACGACAUCAUCUCUCACGUUGAAGCCCCUGUGAGGAGUGCUAGAUGUGACGACAGGAGUGACUCUGCAUGGUCCCGCUCUGCUGAACGGUCCUCAGACCACAGCUCAGAGAGGGCCAGCCUUCACCGCGAACACAAGAAAGAGAAGAAGAAAGCAAAGCACAAGAAGAAAGCCAAGAAACGGAAACACAGCAAGAAGAAGAGCUCCAAGACUAAACCUCAAGACUCGCGUCUGUCAGAGGGAGAGAGGUCCGCAUCAUCAGAGAGGAAGUCCAGAAGAACAUGCUCUCCGUCCCGCUCCACUUCCAAUCAGCAUCAUUCGUCACCACAGAGACGACGGCUGUCCUCCCUGUCCUGUGGAGGCUCAAGGUCCUACUCCAGAUCCUACGCAUCCAGUCGCUCAAGAUCAAGAGGGAGAUCCAGGUCUUAUUCAAGAUCCAGAACCCUCUCUAGAUCAAGAAGCAGGUCUCCAUCUAGAUCCUAUUCUCGAUCGCUGUCAAGAUCGAGAUCCAGGUACAGAUCAAGAUCUCCAUCUAGAAAGAGAAGUUCAUCCAGGUCCUCCAGAAAAAGGAAAGCAAGGAAAGCAGACGUCCUGACCCACUCGGCUGAAAAGCUAACAGAUGGUAAAGUCCCACCUGUCCCCAGACCCCCCUCUGUGUCUGCUCCUGAGAGUGUCCCAGUGAUCCCACUGAGCGACAGUCCUCCGCCCUCACGCUGGAAGCCCGGUCAGAAGCCUUGGAAGCCGUCAUACGUCCACAUUCAGGAAAUUAAAGCUAAAGUAGCUCCCGAUAACAAGUCCACCAGAGGGGGCGCUGAUGGUACUGCGGAGACCGCCCCUGCUGCUACAACAACAGCUCUGCAAGGGGAGGCUGACAGCAGAACGCACAAGCCUGCGGGGCGCUCUCAGAGCAGGUCCUCCAGCCGGUCCAGGAGCAGGAGCUACAGCAGGUCCAGGUCCAGGUCUAAGUCGUCAUCCUACAGCAGAUCAGGCUCAGACCACUCCCAUAAAACUAGUAGAAACAAGAAAGACUCUCUGGACAAGGAGUGGAAGGAGUACUACAGCUCUCUGAGGAGGAUCCAAAACGUAGAUAAGUACAUCUCACUGGCGAGCAGUGAGGACGCUCAGUCCGGAUCACAGAGCAGAGCAGGAUGUGAGCAGAGCCCUGAGACCAGGAGGACUGGCUCUCUGGAGACAAAGACAGAGAAAGGUAGCGCUCAGGAUUCAGGGAUGAAACAUUACAGCUCAGUGCCAGCAGAGAGCCGGUCUGAGUGGGACAGUGACCCUGAGAAAGGGACUCACAUCAACAGCACAAAAACACAGAGACAGGCAGCUCAGUCCAGCCAAGGCCUGCACAAGAAGGCUGCCGUCACUGGGUGGAACUCAGAGAGUGAGUCUGAGAAUAUAACCACCAGGACGUCCGCCAUAUCUGAAAAAGAGGAGGGGGAGGCAAGCUCUGAAUCGGAGGGCGAGACCUCCAGGAAAAUGCCUGAGGCUGCAGCGUCUGAGAAAAGUCCUGCGAGGGAGCCGCAGAGGCACAAGAGCAAGAAGAAGGCCAAACGGAAGCACAAACACAAAAGAAGAGGUGAGAACAAAAGUGGAUCACGCCACAGUAAAGACAAAGGGAAGAGAUCCAAGAGGAAACACCAGAAGCUCAAAGAGACUUUCCACUGGCAGCCGCCACUGGAGUUUGGAGAGGAGGAGGAGGAAGAAGAUGAAUCCAAACGAGAGAGACGCAGUCCUGGCAGAGUUUUAAAAGAGAGGAUAAAUGAAAAGCAAAGCCUUGCCUCUCUGAGUAAGAGUCUGAGCAGAGAAGAAGAAAGAGGUCAACAAAGAGCGAGAGAAAGUAUCAACAGAAACCCAAAACAUGUUGAGACUCAUGUCCAGUCCAACAGGAACGGAGCUGAUCUGCCCCCCAUCAAGGAGCAGGAGUCACUGGAGGAUAUGGACAUCUGCACCCCGGAGCAGGAUGUGGAAAUAGAAGAACCUCCAGCUGCACAGGGUCAAAAUAAACCGGCAGAAUCAGCUGUAAGAUCUACCUCAAAGUCUGUGGACCCACCUCAUGACAAAGACCAGCCCUCUGCAGACUCCAGCACCACUGGACCGCAGGAAGGAGGGACCUCUUCCAAAGCUGUGGUGACUUUUAAAUGGAGGCCUUUGAAAGGAACGUCCGCUCUACAGAACAUGAACCUGCAACCUGUAACCACUAAAAACUACCAGCUGCACCAGACCAGCAGGACUGAAGGAGUGAGGAUGGAGAUCAAAAGCAAAAGCCGGGUCAGACCAGGAUCUCUGUUCGACGAGGUUCGGAAGACGGCGCGACUCAACCAGCGCCCGAGGAACCAGGAGAGCUCCAGCGAGGAGAGAUCUCCAUCUGCAGGCAAGACGUCCCGCACGAGAUCCCCUAAGACCAAGAAGAAGAAGUCUAGGUCCACUUCCAGGAAGUCCUGCUCCGUGUCCAGUCACCGGUCCCGCUCCAGAGGCUGGUCCCACUCCUACAGCCGGUCCCGGAGUCGAUCCCGCAGCUCCAGCUACUCGUCCAGAAGCCGCAGCAGGAGUGGAAGGAGACGCAGGAGAGGACGCUCGCACUCUCGCAGCACAUAUGGAAGUUACAGGAGUCACAGUCGGACCUACAGUAGAAGUCAUUCCAGGAGUCGGUCGUAUAAUCGCCGUCGGAGAUCCAGGUCAGACUCCUACGACAGUUACUCCAGCCGCAGUCGCAGCCCGAGCAGGAGACGAGGCCGCAGACGGAGUGACAGCUACAGGAGUUCACAUCAUCGAUCCCGGUCGUACCGCUCCAGCCGCAGCUCUUCCAGGCGCAGAAGUCACAGUCGCAACAGUCGUUACAGCUGAUCUUCAGACUGAGAGGGAACAAAACCUGGACUGAUAAAGGAAACGUUUCAAGCUGCUCAACAUGUCAAAUAAACUGACAGAAAAUAAACUGAAGAACUGACCUCUUCCUUAAAGAAGGCAGAAACAGUCACUUCAGACACCCAGAGGUAUCAGAAUAAAUCUAUUUCUAUGAGACAUAUAAGCUGUACGUAUUUUCAAACAUUAUUUAUAUGUGUAAUCCUUUUCUACUUGUGUUUUAUACACUGAAACAAACAGAGUGAAACCUUCUAUUUAACGGUUUGUGGUUGUUUUUGAGGAUCUGUCUGGAGGUUGGGUCAGGAUCAAUGAAAGAAGAACUUUCAGUCUUGGUGAAACCAGACUUUGUCUUUUGUUCCUUUUCUGGAAACAGCGCUGCAUGAAUGUUGAAAGUGUACUUUUGAUUUGAUUCAAACUGUGUUGAAUGUUAACAUUCAAUAAAAACACCACUCAUGAGGCUCUGGUUA